GGUCAGGAAAAAUGUCUUCCACAAAAAGAAAAAAUAACGAGUCUCUACUUUCUCAACAGGCAAUUAGUGCUACCACUAUUCCCAUUGGAUGUGUAGUAUGGGUGGUGUCUGAGUCAAGUGGUGAUAAAGAAUGGUGGCCAGCGAUCACCCUACGCUUUUCGGAUUGUUAUCAGAAACCACCCGAGGAGGACCAUACGUGGAUAUAUUGGUUUGCUGACUACAAAAUAUCAAAAGUAUCCGUACAAGAUAUCAUCGAAUUUACUGCUGGCUACGCCGAUUUAAUCGGCAGAGUUAUCAAGGAAACUCAUUUAAAGGCAGUGAAUGAAGCUCUAGAAAUGUUAGCGCAGAGAAGCAACUUGGACUACCAAAAUAUCGAAGAACUUACUAACUGGGCAAAAAGUGAUUUUGAGGGAAUAAUUCGAGAAAGCAAUGACGUUCCAGAUAUGGUCUUGAAGAAAUUGGAGCGAAAUGAUUUGGGAAAAGGUUUUUCAGAAGACGAAUCGAAAGGUAAUUCUGGUGUGCCUAUCUUUGAAAAAAUUGAAAAUGGGCUGAUAGAUAUCGAGAAAAUGUGCAUCGCAUGCCGUAAAGAAGAUGCAGAAGUCAAACAUCCAUUCUUCAAAGGCGGGCUUUGUAUUGCUUGUAAAGAAAAUUGGAUGCAAACUAUAUUUGCUAUUGGGGAUGACGGCAAAAACUUUUAUUGUCUAAUCUGUGGAAAUCUAGGAAAUUUAGUCCUGUGCGAUAAGGAGAAUUGUGAAUAUUCUUAUUGUCUAUCCUGUAUCGAUGUUUUUUUGGGGGAUAAAAGAAGAAAAAAAAUAUUGGAAACGUCUCCUUGGCUGUGCUUCUUUUGUUCUAAAAUUCCAGGAACAUUCGAGAAAAGAGAAAAUUGGGAAGAAGAAUUACAUUUUAUGUUCGAAUCGAGUGCUUCAGGCAAAACUUGUUACCCUCUUAAAAAUACGCCAAUAAGACCAAUAAGAGUCCUCUCCCUGUUUGAUGGAAUAGGAACAGGUAAAUUAGUUUUGGAUAAUCUUGGAAUAGAUGUUGAAGUAUAUUAUGCAAGUGAAAUAGAUGAGGCUGCACUUUGUGUAUCCAAACUACAGCACCCGGAUGCUAUUGAAUACAUAGGAGACGUCACUAAGCUUUUAUCCAAAAAGAUCUCAUCCAUGUGCCCGAUUGAUUUGUUAAUUGGUGGAUCUCCCUGCAAUGAUUUAUCCCUUGUCAACCCUCUCAGAAAAGGAUUAUUUGAUGUUACCGGAACGGGCUGCCUUUUCUUUGAUUACUAUCAUAUACUGAAAACUGUGAAAAGAUUUAAUAAGGAUCGACACUUGUUUUAUCUUUUUGAAAAUGUAGCUGCCAUGACUAAAGCUAAUAGGCAAAUCAUAUCACAAUUCUUAUCGUGUUCCCCAGCUUUAAUUGAUGCCAAGUAUUGCUCACCUCAAUCUCGUCCGAGAUUCUUUUGGGGAAAUAUUCCGGGCCUACAUGCUCAUUCUCGUAUUUGCUAUUCCUAUGAUGAUGAAAGGCAUGAAUUGGAGAGCUGCCUCCACACUGAACUUGGACGAAAAGCGAAAGUAAAUAAAAUCAAAACGGUCACUACGAAAAAGAAUUCAUUAAGUGAUAUGCCAGUUGAAAUGAAAGGUAUACCUGACAUUCUAUGGAUAACUGAACUCGAAAGAGUGUUUGGUUUCCCGAUGCACUACACAGACGUUGGAAAUCUUUCGCCAACCAAAAGACAAGAACUUCUUGGAAGAUCCUGGAGUGUUCCAGUCAUCACGCAAAUCCUCAACCCCUUACAAAAACUGUUCAAGAAAUCAUCUGUUUAAUUUUAUUCUGAUCUUAUCUUACUUUACGAUCUUAUUUUUCUCUUAUCUUAUGAUCUUAUUUUUAUUUUUCUCGUUUGAAAUAUCUUUUCUAAAAUCUGA